GGCUUUUCUCCAACUUCCACCUGAAUCAAACAAGCAAUUCAGUUCGAUUUUGGUUGCGGAGAUGUCCGCACAAAAUGAAGGCUAUCUGCGAAGAUUAUGGACUGAAUACUGCCUCGGCAGUAGCGUGUACGCGACUCGUUAUCUAAUUAAGCCCCAUCUGAGCCCUGGAGAACGGCUCUGGUGGGCAUUUUGGCUUAUCGGUGCUAUUGCUGCUUGUUUCCUGUCCAUCAUUGUCACUAUCCGCCACUGGACGGCUAGCCCGGUUUACAUCAGCUACGCCAAAAGAUUGAUACCCACCUGGUAUAUUCCGUUUCCUGCCAUUACAAUCUGUCCACUGGCCCAAACAAGAGUGGAAUAUUUCAACCUAACGGAUGUACAUCGUCGAUUACAUCACAACAUCAUACUGAAUGAAUCUGAAAACGCAUAUUUUCGUGCUAUGGCACAUAUCUGUCCGUCGAUAAGUAUGUGGCACUAUUUCAACGAGUCCCGACAGGAGGAUACCUGGAAAGUUCUUCAAAGAAUCGCCAUUCCGAUGGAGAAUAUAUUUUCCACUUGUAGAUUGAGAAACGUGAAAGUUCCGUGCUCAACUAUCAUUUCGCAGUCGAUAACACAAUUUGGAAUCUGCUACACUUUCAAUGCAAUUUCCAGUGACGAUAUGUUCAAGAAAGAGAAUCUUCAACGUGACUAUGAUUAUUCUAGUGCCAACUUCAAGUCGGAUGGUUGGAGUUUGGAAGAUGGAUAUCCUCUCAUGGCAGGUCCCAACAUUUAUCCAUUUCGUCCUAUAGGAGUUGGUAAAAAAUCUAGUCUUUCGCUCGUUUUGCGUACAAGAAAAAUUGAUCAGGAUUUUCACUGUAAUGGUCCACGUAGUGGGUAUUAUAUUUCCGUUCAUCGUCCGGAUGAAAUACCAUUGUUCCUCAAUCAAUAUCAUCGUUUGUCUCACUUAAGUUUGUUGAGCUUGAUUGUAAAGCCUGAACUCACUCUCAUUGCAAAUGGCUUGAAAAGCUAUCACUAUAAAAGACGCCAGUGCUAUUUCAAGGACGAACGGGAGCUGAGAUACUUCAAAGUUUAUAACUAUAAUAAUUGUCUGGCCGAAUGUAUUGCCAAUUACUCACUGCAUUUGUGCGGUUGCGUGCCGUUGGCGAUGCCAAGAAGUCCUGGUAUUCGGGUCUGCGAUGCGUCGGUGAUAGAAUGCUUCGACGAAGUCACCACCGAUAUUUUUGCUACCUAUUAUCAAUUGAACAAGACGGAAGAUUGGCAAGAUCCAUGUCAAUGUCUGCCGGACUGCACAACCCUGAGUUAUGACGUAGAAAUGUUUCGACUACCGAUUGAUUUUGAUGCAUUCUCUAAAGCAGUUGGAAAUCUACAUGAAAGUCUCGAAGGCAAAGAUACCUCCAUUUUGCAUGUCGGAUUAAAGUACAAGUGGUUGCUUCCGAUGCAGCGUCGAGAGAUGAUGGGAUUCAGUGAUCUGUUGGCACAUUUCGGUGGCCUGUUCGCACUAUUGAUGGGAGCUAGUGUAAUUAGCUUACUGGAACUGGUGUACUUUUGUUUGAUUAGGCCUUGCAGGAAUGAUAGUGCGGACGAUUCUGUUCCAGUGCGCCAGGUAUUACCUUGGAAACCUUAGCUUUAUGCAGUGCUGUAAAACUGCAUUCAAUUCAAUUAAAACCGAAUGUGGCACACAUUGACGAUCACUCUACUGCAGCAUUCUUCACAUUCUAACAUACUGCAGCAUUCUUCACAUUCUAACAUACAACCUUCGAUGACGUACAUAACGGGUAGCAUUAAGAGCUUCAUUCGAGUCUCUACCAAUCGAAGCUCAGCUUACCACCACCGUCAGUUGAUCUCUUGAAAUAAAAUAUCUCUCACAAUAGAAUGAGAGAGCGGCCUUCAAAUGGGGUUCAUGUAAACAUUCGAAUAGACCAAAGGUAA